AUGUCCGUCCUGAAAUCCUGCUUCGGGACUAAAUCCAAACCCCAACAAACACCGCCUGCGCCGCAAGCCGAUGAUGCUGAGCCGAAGAGGCUCGAGCGCAGAGGCACGGCGUACGAUCAGCAGUUGGACGCGAGGGAUGCGAGGGAGAGGGAGAGGGCGAAGUUAAAAGGGAGCGCAAAGGUCAAGGGGAAGAAGGUGGUGGAGCAUCCGCCGAUGCCUGAGAUGCCGGCGAAGAACGAGGGGAAGAAGGGUGAGGAGGCGUUGAGUGCGGGUGGCGGAGGAGAUAUUGAGACUUGUGGUAUGAGGAAGAAGGAGGAGGAGGAGAAUAUGAAUUUUGUGGGGUGUGAUGAGUAUGAAGACGAAGAUGAAGACGGGCGGAGGAGGAGAUGUAGAGUUUCUGGCAUGCGGGAGGAGAGAUUGAGGGCGGUGAUUUCAAGAUGA